AUGACAGAUCCUUUCCCCAGAGGUGGAGCGAGAGCUCCAACGUAUGGCUUCUCCGGUCCACGCCGUUACUCAUAUGCUUCUGUCGUCUCCGGCAACACAUUAGUUUCCCCCACAUCUACCUCAACCUCACUUGCACAUCUUCUUAACCAUCAACCUCCUUCUCCACCACAGCUUGAUAGUCGUCUUCUCUACCGAACCCAGUCUGGCUUGGAUGCUCCAGACAUGCAUCCAAACUCCACCAUGAGGUCAACUUCAAUUCAAGACCCCCUGCCUCACUAUUCUCGCAUGUAUGCGGGAAACUAUUACCAGACAGAUUCAUCAGGUCCCCUUCAUCCCUCCUACUUGGAUCCUUCAUAUUUCACCCCGUCCUACCUCCUCAAUUCCCGAUACAUCUCUCGUCGUGACGCUGCUCAUAGAGCCAGGAUACUAAACGCCGAAGUGCUCGAAGCCUCCUCAUCCCACUCCACUUUAAAUCCACCUAUCUCCGCACAAUUAAAUGGCCACCACCCUCACGUCUCCACGACUCAUCGAGGGAUGACCUAUGAUAUCAUCGAGAAAGAGGUCUCAACCACCACCGAUCAGGUUUUGCCGCUACCCACGCAAUGGAGCUCUACGGACAAAUAUGGCGCCUUGGAGGUUUCAAAUCAUGGCACAGAGGUGCGCUACUCUGGCCCAACAGACAAACAUGACCACGAAGCUGCCUCCUUACGUACCAACAACCCUAUGCCGCCCCAAUGCGGGAUCUACUACUAUGAGAUUACGAUUGAGUCAAAGCCAAAGGACGGCAUGAUCGCAAUCGGCUUCUCGAAUAGUAAGGCUUCUGUUGAGCGCCUUCCCGGCUGGGAACAGGAAUCCUGGGGCUACCAUGGCGAUGAUGGCAAGUCAUUUUUUGGCGAAGUUCAAGGUCAAGGCCGUAAUUACGGACCGACGUUUGGACUUGGUGAUAUCGUUGGUUGUGGAGUCAAUUUCUCCAAUGGGACUGGCUUUUUUACCAAGAAUGGUGUCUUCCUCGGUGAGAUGUCCUUUUUGAAAACUACGACUAGGGCGGAUCAAGCUGAAGGACCAGGCAUUGCUUUUCACGAUUUACGCAAUGUGAAGCUUUAUCCUUCCGUUGGUAUGAAGAAGCAACGAAUCGUCGCUUUGAAGACCAAUUUUGGACAGGAACCGUUCUUGUUUGAUAUUGAUGGCAUGGUGAACAAAAAGAAAUAUAAGGUACAUGCGCAAAUUAACGCCACUUCUGCCGACAGCCUACAGCCAGGGCUAAGCGAGAGCGGUCUUUUGCAAGAACUGGUGGCCCAGUAUCUUGCACAUGAGGGUUACGAUAAAGCUGCUCGCGAGUUUGCCACUGAGAUAGCGACAGAGAAUGCCGCUUUGAAUGACGGAUAUACCAAGCCAGUGAAUCCCUCCGGGCUGAAGAAGGAUCUGGCCGAUAUUAAUCGAAACAAAAUUCGCUCCGCAAUUCUCGAUGGCAACAUUGAUCAGGCUCUCAAAAGCACCAAAGCCUACUUUCCCAAAGUACUUGGAAGCCACCCAAAAAUUCACUUUCACCUCCGGUGUCGUAAAUUUCUGGAGAUGAUGCGCCGAGCAAACGAUUUAUCUCCAGAGAAACAUUCUGUCACAGCUUCGAACCAACCACAGUCAACAUCACCGGAAGUUUUCGAUCAAGAAAUGGAACUUGAUGGCGACGGCGACGGCGACGGUUGGGAAGGAAUGGAUACCGAAGAAUCUGACACCCGCUCACAAUUCAACGAGGCCAUGGCCGAGGUUCUCAAGUAUGGUCAAAAACUUCAACUCGACUACCCAUCCGAUGAAAAUGGCGGUGACAAGAAAUUCCUGAAAGCUAUCUUCUCACUUGUUGCAUAUCCUGACCCUGAAAAGUCCAUGCAUGGACAUCAUCUCUCUUCAAAGGGACGAACACUCGUUGCAGAGGAGUUGAACUCGGCAAUCUUAGUUUCCCUAGGACGAUCAUCAACUUCCGCUCUAGAGCGGCUCUAUAAACAAACGGAGGCACUUGUCAACGAGAUCAGUGAAGACGGUGGCGCUGGGUCUUUCAUUGAUACUCGGGCUUACUCUUCUCUUUGA